GGAGGACGCGACCCGGAAGUGCAUGGUGUGAGGGUCAAUAUGCCGCUACCCGUUCAAGUCUUUAAUUUACAGCAGCCGGCGAGCUCUGUGUCAGGGCGAGGGGGUACAGAGAGUCAGGACAGGAUGAGGGAUAGUUCAGUUCCGAGUUCAGCUUCCUCGUCAGUGACAGAUCUAUACAACGCCCCCCGCAGCAGUAGGUCAGACCUCUUCCUCCCAGGUACAUCUGGAGACUUCAGCCUGAGUGCCUGCUUAUCAGCCUGCACCCUGUUCUAUGAGGGUGCGGUAGAGCCCAUGCAGAUUGAUGUCGACCCGCAGGAAGAUCAGCAAAAUGCACCUGAUAUCAACUACGUGGUGGAGAACCCCACUCUGGAUCUGGAGCAAUAUGCAGCAAGCUACAGUGGCCUGAUGAGGAUCGAGCGGCUGCAGUUCAUUGCUGAUCACUGCCCACAACUGCGCGUGGAAGCCCUCAAGAUGGCUCUCUCCUUUGUCCAAAGAACAUUCAAUGUUGAUGUUUAUGAAGAAAUUCACCGGAAAUUGACUGAAGCGACCAGAGAGUUACAGAACACCCCUGAUGCUGUCCCAGAUGGAGGGGUAGAGCCUCCUCCUCUAGACACAGCGUGGGUCGAAGCUACCCGCAAAAAAGCUCUACUCAAGCUGGAAAAGCUGGACACGGAUCUGAAGAACUAUAAGGGGAAUUCAAUCAAGGAAAGCAUCAGGAGAGGCCAUGAUGACUUGGGUGACCACUAUCUUGAUUGUGGGGACCUUAGCAAUGCCCUCAAAUGUUAUUCACGAGCCCGCGACUACUGCACCAGUGCAAAACAUGUUAUUAACAUGUGCCUGAAUGUUAUAAAGGUCAGUGUUUACCUUCAGAAUUGGUCCCACGUCUUGAGCUAUGUGAGCAAGGCAGAGUCCACACCGGAAAUUGCAGAGCAAAGAGGAGAACGUGACAGCCAGACGCAGGCAAUCCUCACCAAAUUGAAGUGUGCGGCAGGCUUGGCUGAACUAGCUGCCCGGAAAUACAAGCAGGCGGCAAAGUGCUUCCUGUUGGCCUCGUUUGAUCACUGUGAUUUCCCUGAGCUGCUCUCUCCUAGCAACGUCGCUGUCUAUGGCGGCCUGUGUGCACUCGCUACCUUUGACCGUCAGGAAUUGCAGCGUAAUGUCAUCUCCAGCAGUUCCUUCAAACUCUUCCUGGAGCUGGAACCGCAGGUGCGGGACAUCAUCUUUAAGUUCUACGAAUCCAAAUACGCCUCAUGUCUCAAGAUGCUGGAUGAGAUGAAAGAUAACCUCCUACUGGAUAUGUACCUGGCACCUCAUGUGAGAACACUGUAUACCCAGAUCCGAAAUCGAGCCCUCAUCCAGUAUUUCAGCCCCUAUGUGUCGGCAGACAUGCGCAAGAUGGCCACUGCCUUCAACACCACAGUGGCAGCUCUGGAAGAUGAGCUCACUCAGCUGAUCCUAGAGGGGCUGAUUAAUGCCAGAAUAGACUCUCACAGCAAGAUUUUAUAUGCACGGGAUGUCGACCAGCGCAGUACUACUUUUGAAAAGUCUUUGUUGAUGGGGAAGGAGUUCCAGCGUCGCGCCAAAGCUAUGAUCUUACGAGCAGCUGUCCUGCGCAAUCAGAUCCACGUGAAGUCCCCUCCACGAGAAGGAAGCCAAGGUGAACUCACUCCAGCAAACAGCCAGUCCCGGAUGAGCACCAACAUGUGAAGCUCUCUCCAUCCUUGAAAGACUCUUCCUUCCUCCCCACACCCAGGGCUAUGUGUCUCUCUCCAGCAUCCAUGCUACCACCUGUCCUGUGGUGCCUUUUUCAGACUCUCUAGGUGUGGGAGGGGCAGGACCAUCAGGGGCACGACCUUUCAAUGCUGGGAAUUCGUCUUAGAACAGAAACUUCCAUUAGUUGCAGCGUCUUCAAGAGUUAUGUGAGCAUGUGAGUGCUGGGAGGGGGAGGGCAUCUUGUCCUUCCUCAGGGAAAUUUCCCAAGCAAAGGCUUCUCUUGGCUUCCCUCAGUGGCCAGCUGAGCUUUGUGGUUUCCGUUCAGUAAAACAUACACAAAUACAUAUAUAGCAUGAACCUGGAGGGACAAAUAUGUUCUUGUAGAAUUUCUCAUCCAUACAAAUACGUUGACUCUGACCUGGCAAGCCCCUCCCGGGCAGCACCAACAGGAAGCCCAGGGUCCUUUCCAUCCACUUACUACGAUGCUUGUGUUUGCAUUUGCCCUGGGUCAGCCUGGUUUCAAUCAGUUCUUCCUGUUUUCAAAACUUCUGGUUUGCUUUUGCAUCCCCUGGCCUGGUUUUGGCUGCAGUUCUUGGUGCUCCCCAUCCCAGUUUAUUGCUGUUGUGUAUGGUGGUUUUCUAGCCUUCUUGGGAAAUGGCACAGAAGGGCUGCUCUCCAUAUCAGGGCAGGAUCUUGCCGGACUCUGCAUUCCUGGCAACACUUUUUAUUUAUCCUUCACCCCAGAAACAAAGGUGGAGUGAGGGUUUUGAUCACAGGCUAGACUCAGACUGUGUUAUGUUUAAAAGCAUAGUUUAAAUGUUUAAAUAUCCAAGCAGUUCUUUCCAUCUGGGUUUUAUUCAUUAGGCUUCAUCCCAAGGACAAAGUUACCAAGUUCGACCCUAGCCCUUGACAACUCAAUAGACUUUCUACAGACACUGUUAUUGCUAUUUAGUUUAAAACCAAGUUCUCUCCUAUGCAUUAAAAAGCAUAAUUGUAAAGAUUUUUGCAGCCUUAAUUGAUUUUUUCUCCCCCUCUAGCACACGCAUACACUGGACCUGGAAAACAAGGCAGUAUUCUAGCAGAGAUGUUUGAGGAAAGGCCAGGGGCAUGGCAUGAAUGCUUCCACUUCUGGAAAACUGUGGAAGGCUGAUUACUCACUUGUCAAAUGGUAUUAAAGUUGUAUUUGCCUAAACUGG